ACGACUGUCAUUUGUUAUUGUUCUUUCCAUUCCAUGCCUAAGUUAACUAGGUUAGUUUUACUACACAAACAGAUAUGAAAGUUAUAGUGAAUGUACAGUGACCCGAUAAUAUAAAAUUUUUUAAAUUCGUUGGUAGAAUUUCAAUUUAAUAUUGAUAUGGCUAAGUUUGUUAGAACUAUUCGUAAUAACUGGAAAAAAUCAACUUUUGGAGCUGUAGCUGUAAUUUAUGGAAUAAAUUAUGGACAUGAAAAAUAUAAAGUACAACAGUUGAUGAGGAAAUAUUGUGAAGAAGCAGUACAAUAUGGAGAUAUUCCAGUACCUCCUACACUUAAACCAAGACAUGUAACUGUCAUCUUAAAUCCUGCGGCAAAUAGAAAGAAGGCUAAGGCAAAUUUUGAGAAAUACUGUGCCCCACUACUUCACUUGGCUGGCUACACUGUCAAUGUUGUGCUGACUGAGAGCGAGGGUCAAGCUCGUACAUUAGCUGCUGAUGUCAAGGAUUCUGACAUGAUUGUGGUGGCAGGUGGCGAUGGCACUUUGUCUGAGACAGUUACAGGUCUAAUGAGGGCUCAUGGUCGAGUCAAGUGCCCAGUGGGUGUGUUGCCUCUAGGUCGCACCAACUCUGUGGCCUGUGCCCUGCUAGGCCUGGGAAGAGAAGGUACUGUCAGCCCAGGCGAGAUGGCAGCUGCUGCCAUGGCUGUCGUACGUGGUCAGACCAAAACAAUAGAUUCCAUCAAAGUAGACGUUGUACAGGAAGAAGGAACACCACCAAAACCAGUAUAUGGACUAAGUGGCAUCAGGUGGGGAGUGUACAGGGAUGCACUGAGCAAGCAGGAUCGCUACUGGUACCUGGGUCCUCUUCGAGGUUACGCGUCUGUUCUGUUUAAUUCCCUACACAAGGAGCCAAUUGCAGCUCACGUCGUGUUCACUCAUGCCUGUGAUGGCUGCAGUCGCUGCUAUGAGUCUCGCACAGACUUACAUCCCACACAGCAACAUCGCUGGUACCACUACCUGGUUCCCAGUUUUACAAAGAAACCUCCAGAAGUGCCACAAGUGAACUAUCAGUAUGUGGUGAACACUAAGUGUGGUGAAGUGUCUGAGCUAGAUCUCACAGGAGUAGACAUCAACAUCUCCUGCCCUGCUGUCUCCAGGGAUAGUAGAGGAGUUCGAGUUAGUUCAGGUCCCUUGAACCCUUCUUGGUCGGAGUACGUGGAGGAGGGGUGGCGGAGAGUGAGGGGAGAACUUCCAACAGCCCAGGAGCAACUUGAAGCUCAACAACUGGAAAUAGUACCUGUCACGCAGCUUCAGGAGAAUGAAGAGAAAUGGUUCAGCAUUGACAAUGAAGAAUAUGAAGUCCGCCAUAUACGAGUAACCCUGAUGCCAAAAUCAGUGCAAGUCUUUUUACCUCAACAGCCACAGACUUACUAUACUUUGUUAGAAAGGGCACUGCUGGGAUGCUGCUAGAUGGCUCAAACUGUCAGACAACUUCUACAAGACUGCUGUUUGUAUUUAUUAGUAAUAAUAAUUUUUUUUCCAAAA